AUGAGUACAAGUUUGAUAGUAUCUCCUCAAUAGUCACCAAAUAAAUCAAAGUCGCAGGAAAACUCUAAGUCCCCUAAGAGAGAACAUUCAAGUUCUACUAAGGAAUAUUUGCUAAAGCCAGUUGGUUAUCGAACAGAUCCUAAUCAAAAAUAAGUCAUAUCUAGCUAGCAUAAGGUAGAUUAGCUAGGAAAAGAUUCACCCGGAGUUGGAGCUUAUAACUAUGAUUAUUCAAAUUUAACCAACAAGAUUUUGGCUUAAGGAAGUGUGGUAUAAAACUUCAGUUUCAGCUAGCAAAGAAAAUUCUUCGAUUUUACAUAAAAUAUCAGACUCAAAUAAGAAUUGUAAGACUUAAAAUGUUUGAUUUCAAUUUAACCUAGGCCUCAUUAUUAUGAUGUAAAUGUGAAAACUAAAUGGGUUAGCAAAGUAGGCGGAUUUCCCAAGGAUUAAAGAUUCAAAUAUGAGCUAGCUGAAAAAUUAUUAGCUGAUAGAUCCCCAGGUCCUACAACUGCUACACCAAGAUCUAAUUUGCCCUCAAUAAAAGAUGCAAUGAAAACUCCUACCAAUCUGAAUAAGUCUACAGUAGAAGACUAAAGUUAUAGAAGUAGAUUUGAAGAAAGCAGAAAAAUUUUCUUUAGAGAAUUAGAGCGCGAUGUGUAGGGAAAGGAUUCACCAGGAUUUGUUUAUGAUGCUUAUAAAACUUUUACCAAUAAUCAAAGAAAGAACUCCUAUACCUUUGGCAGGAGAAAAAUCAAUGAUACUACAAAAUCAGAAGUGUUACCAGCACCUGGCUCUUACUAAUAAGUCAACCUUCAGGCAAUAAAGCUUAAACCAAAAGGAGGAGGUUUUUCAAAGGCUACAAGGAAUGUAGAUCUGGUUAAUUAUUCAGAGAAAUAUGGAGUUUAUGGAGGUCAAGUCCUAAUUUAAUGA